CGAGGAGUUUGUCAUAUUUAACAAACCAAAGUAUUUUUUGGUGAACUUGAAAAAAUAUAGCACACCUUUUGGAUCUGUCCAAUAAUAUUAUUCACAGUUUUGUUUUUAGUGUACUUUUUAAGGAUAAAUGUCAAUAACACUCUUUACCCAAAGUAACUCACCUCCAAAUUAAAGUAGGGAUAUCCCUAAAAGUUUGAUACUCUUUUUCCUACUUAUGGGAAGCACGUGCAAGGAUCCUGCAAUGUGGUGUGUCGUCGACCUCUCAAAGACCGCAGAUACCGAGACCGAUGACUUGGAGGAAAUGUGCCGAUACGCGGUGAAUCUCAGCCAUGGAGAACUCAUUGACAUUGCCAUUGAUGGCUUCUGCACUAAUGAAUCGAUCCUCUAUAUUGCUAACCGGUCAGCACUACAAGUCUUUUGUUUCAGUUUCAUUACUUUUGACCUGCAAAUAUACUUCCCCGAGCUCUCGACUGAAUGCAUCAAAACCAUUGGCCUCUCUUGCCCGUUGCUCAAGUCAUUUACUUACGAAAAUUGUGAACAUCCCGGAGCGCCGUGUGAUAACAAAGCUAUAGCAGUUGCAGAGAAAAUGCAAGGUCUGUGCCGCCUUUCUCUCUUCGGGAUUGCCUUGACAGAGAAAGGCGUGCGGGCAAUACUUGAUGGUUGCCCGUAUCUCGAAUCUCUUGACUUGAGAAGGAGUUUCAAUGUCACCACCCUUGAAGGCUAUUUGGGUGGGAGGUGUAAGGAGAUUAAACAUCUAAAGCACCCUACCGACCCGAUUUCCUACUAUGAGGUCUUGCAAUAUGUUGAGGGAAAUAUGUUGUUCUUGGAUUCAAGCAGGAAUGGUUUAUGUAGAGAGAAAAGGUUGCACGGUGUUCUCCCCGAUGCUCUUUGCAUAUGCUGAUUUGAUUUUGGAUCUGAAGAAAUUUGCUUGGAAUGU